AGAACUUAGAAGAACCCCGGCCCAAAAGCUCUAUGACAAAGCCCAAUAACCCUUGUCCCUCGUCCAAGUCACGUCUCCUUCAACUAAACCCUGAACCCUAAUCUCUCUCUCUCCCUCUCUCUCUCUCACACACACACUUCGACAAUGUAUCGCUUCGCCACCAAGCUCGCUUCCAAAUCUCUGAUCGCUAAGAACGCUAAUCAACAGUUUGCUAGUAGACUGGCUUGGAGUCGCAAUUAUGCUGCGAAAGAUAUUAAAUUUGGCGUCGAAGCUCGAGCGAUGAUGCUUCGAGGUGUGGAGGAGCUUGCUGAUGCUGUUAAAGUUACCAUGGGGCCUAAAGGGCGCAAUGUUGUUUUGGAACAAAGUUACGGGGCUCCUAAAGUGACAAAAGACGGUGUCACUGUUGCAAAGAGUAUUGAGUUUAAAGAUAGAGUGAAAAAUGUUGGUGCUAGCCUUGUAAAGCAGGUUGCCAAUGCUACAAAUGAUGUUGCAGGGGAUGGUACCACCUGCGCCACAAUCCUAACGCGUGCAAUAUACUCAGAAGGGUGCAAAUCUGUGGCAGCAGGAAUGAACGCAAUGGAUCUCAGACGUGGAAUCAAUAUGGCUGUUGAUGCUGUUGUCACAAACUUGAAGAGCAGAGCACGGAUGAUCAGUACAUCUGAGGAAAUAGCUCAGGUUGGCACAAUAUCAGCAAAUGGAGAUAGAGAAAUUGGGGAACUCAUUGCCAAGGCCAUGGAAAAAGUCGGCAAAGAGGGGGUUAUUACCAUUGCUGAUGGGAAAACUCUAUACAAUGAACUAGAAGUGGUUGAGGGAAUGAAGCUGGACAGAGGCUACAUUUCUCCUUAUUUCGUAACCAAUCCCAAAAACCAAAAAUGUGAAUUGGAUGAUCCAUUGAUUUUGAUCCACGAGAAAAAAAUAUCCAACUUGACUGCUGUGGUGAAAGUGCUUGAGUUGGCCUUGAAGAAACAAAGACCUUUGUUGAUAGUUUCUGAAGAUGUCGAAAGUGAAGCUUUAGCAACUCUUAUAUUGAACAAGCUUCGAGCUGGAAUAAAGGUUUGUGCCAUUAAAGCUCCUGGAUUUGGAGAGAACAGGAAAGCGAGUUUGCAAGACCUUGCGGUCCUCACUGGAGGCACAGUUAUAACCGAUGAGCUUGGGAUGACUCUUGAAAAAGUUGGAAUUGAAAUGCUCGGGUCUUGCAAGAAGGUUACCAUAUCAAAGGAUGAUACUGUUAUCCUUGACGGGGCAGGUGAUAAAAAAGCUAUCGAAGAACGAUGUGAGCAGGUAAGAUCAUCAAUUGAGUUGAGCACUUCUGAUUAUGACAAGGAGAAGCAUCAGGAUAGGUUAGCGAAGCUUUCCGGAGGUGUUGCUGUCUUAAAGAUUGGAGGAGCCAGCGAACUUGAGGUUGGUGAAAAGAAAGACAGAGUAACUGAUGCCUUAAAUGCUACAAAGGCAGCAGUUGAAGAAGGAAUAGUACCUGGUGGUGGUGUAGCUCUUCUUUAUGCCUCGAAAGAACUUAAUAACCUGCAGGCUGCCAAUUUUGAUCAAAAGAUUGGUAUUCAAAUAAUUCAAAGUGCUCUUAAGGCACCUGUGCAUACAAUUGCUUCCAAUGCUGGAGUUGAGGGAGCUGUUGUGGUGGGUAAGCUUUUGGAGCAGGAUGAUCCUGAUCUUGGAUAUGACGCUGCUAAAGGCGAAUAUGUGGACAUGGUCAAGGCUGGUAUCAUCGACCCAUUGAAAGUCAUUAGGACAGCUUUGGUAGAUGCUGCAAGUGUCUCGUCUUUGUUGACUACAACUGAGGCCGUCAUAGUAGAACUUCCAAGUGAUGACAAGGAUAUUGCAGCAGCAGGUGGCAUGGGAGGCAUGGGUGGAAUGGGCGGCAUGGGUUUCUAAUUAUCGUUAGCCGACACAUCUGUAGCUUUUCUCAGUGACGAUACUUUACCUUAAAUUAGAAAUAGACGAGAAAACUCAUAUUGGGUAAAUAUAUUGAUAUUACCCCGGCCUCUUUUAUUUCAAUUUCCUUUUUUGUAUUAAUUUAUGAUUGCUUUUCGGAAAGUCGAAUACUGGCACCAUCAUAUACUGAGAUCUGAGCCAUUAGUGAUGCUUACAAACUGCUGCCUUCUCCUGCUGGGUCAGAUUAGCAGUCACCCCAAUUUGUAUAUUUCCCCAUGUACAAGUUUAAUUAUCAAAUAAAGAUUCAUUUGUUCUGUUUCUUUA